AUGAAGAUCUUAGCAUUUCUGGACGAAGAAGUGGAAGACGGUUCUUUGUUUAACUUUCUGUCUGAAGAUCGUCUCUUUUACAACACUGCCAUGAAUCUGAUCAUCUUAAUGGUGUUUUUAAAAGUUUCAGCUGGCCGGAUAACCUUUUACCAAUCUCAGGACAUCCUGGUUACUAACGUUGGGGGCACUGCAGAGAUUUCCUAUUACCCCAGUAUACCCUGGUCAGGGGGCAAUAUUUUCACCUGGUUUCAUAAGAAAAUGGGAGGAAGACUGGAAUUAAUUGUAUCUUGUGUUGACAAUAAGAGAGUAAAUAAAUAUUCCUGUGUGAUGUCUGAUAACUAUAGCAUCGGCCUGGAGAUCUACAACGUGGAGAAGAAUGAUUCGGGAGUAUAUUACUGUGGAUUUCGUACAAUAAGCAUCUCAUUUAGCAAUGGGACAACCCUAAUAGCAUUAGACAGUUCUCCCUCAGAGAGCUCAGUCCAUCUGCUGGGUUCAUCCCAGACUCUCCUCCCUGACAAAUCUAUCCAGCUGGCGUGUGUGCUACGUGACACUCGGCACAUGGUCCGUGUGAUCUGGAACAUCUCUGGGAUCCAUCACACGGGCAGGAUGGUCACUAUGGAAGAUCCCGAUGGUACCUGGACUUUCCUUAACCUCAUCUCAAUUCCCAGAGACACCUGGGAUCGCGGGGACAGUCUGUCAUGUGACGUCUGGUUAAAUUCCUCUGCUGUCACUGUCUACAGAAAUGUAUCCGAUUUAGAUAAAUCCUAUGGAGAAUAUCCUUCCACAUGUUUAUACUUUUUAAUAUUUGCCCCAGUAGGAGUAUUCUUGCUCUUGUCGGCAAUCAUCGCUCAUCUCACUUGGACCUACAAGCUAUCAGGAAAUAAAGUACAUUAUGCAAGUGGAUCAGAGAGCGAUACCCAGUCACUGUAUCUCCAGCCUGUUACAGACAUUAUGCUGCAUCCAACUGCAUGGAUCCCCUGUAUGUUACUGGCAGCAUUCCUCCCGGGAUCAGCUCAGCGUGACCUCCCUCUCCCAGUGUCCGGCCUUUUAUAUCAGUCUGUCCGUCUGUCCAGUGAUGUCAGUCUGACACAUCCUGUAGAAGACGUCUCCUGGACAUUUCAAAACAAUGGAGAAGAAAUCAGAAUCGCAAAGUUCCCAAACUCAAAGUUUAGGGUCUCUAAAAGCAAUCGGUUUAAUAACCGCCUUGAACCAUCUAACAUGACUGGAUUAACCAUCCGAGACCUGAGAACAGAGGACAGCGGGAUAUACACAGUGACAAUAACGCUUACAAACGGAGUAACACAUCAAGCAUCAUUUAAUCUCACUGUAUACGCACAAGAUGUCCCUGUCCAGGUGUCCGGCCUUGUAAAUCAGUCUGUCCGUCUGUCCCGGGAUUUACAUCUGACACAUCCUGUAGAAGAUGUUGUGUGGACAUUUCAAACCAAUGGAAAACCAUUCAGAAUUGUGUUAUUCAGUAAUUAUAAUUUUAAGAUCUAUGAGAGUCAGUUUACCAGCCGCCUUGAACCAUCUAACAACAUAACAGAAUUACUAAUCCGAGACCUGAGAAGAGAGGACAGCGGGAUAUUCACAGCGACAAUAGCCCUUAUAAACAGAGUAACACGUCUGUUAUUAUUUAAUCUCACUGUAUACGAACCUGUUCCUGUCCCGGAGAUAAAGACUGAACUGGAUAUAAACUCCACCAACUGGUGUAAUUUUACUCUCCAUUGCUCCGUUCCUACAAUCACCUCCACACUGUCCGUCAGCUGGCAGUGCAGACACACAGACACUGAGUACUGUCCCUUUAAUCACAAAGUGUAUAAUAAUAGGCGCACAGUCCGGAUCUCUCUGCAGCCGCAGUCACGUCACUCACAAUUCCUGUGUUUGGUACAAAACCCUGCGGACAAGAAAAAUGUGUCUGUUUAUACUCAGGAAAUCUGUUCUGAUUUUGGAAACAGAAAAAAAGGGUCUGAAAAAAGUGAGUGA